AUGAGGGGAGGGGAGGGGAAGGAGGAGGAGGAGGAGGUGGAGGAGGAAGAACGGGACCCAGCAUCAGAAUGCUUGAUGGAGGGACAGCAAACAGUGUGGGUGCAACCUGGGGCGCGCCCAUCGCUCUCGCGCAGCAGCAACAAUCAUCGUGCUGCUUCACCAGGCCAUCAGAUGCGACAGACGGCCAUCUCGCAGCAGAAGGGCGAGAUGGUGCUCGCUGCCUCAGAGCUGGAGCUGUCGCCGGCGACCGCCGCCUUGCACCCUGAAGAGGGCAACGCCGCCGCCGCCAAACAUACACAUGCCGAACGUCGUGGUGCAGUCAAGAACACGGCCUGGCUUCCCGACGAAAGCACGUCGUGCCUCUCCACCUCGCCCUCUCCGCUGCUUCGCGCGCGACGAGCCUCCCACGGACCAACGCUGGCCAAUGAGCUGCCAGACGGGCUGCCUCCACGCCCUCGCCGACAUAGCCAACCCCUCUCGCUGCCCCUCGUUCUCGUCACGCGCGAGCAUCCCAGCCGCCACCGCCGCCGCCGCAACACAUGGCCAAGACAACCAGCAAGUCCAGCUUCAUCCUCCCCGGUCCAAGUCGACCACCGUCUCCCACUUCCCUCCCAGCCUCCGCCGGCAUUCUGGUGUCUCAUUGUCGCCGCCAUCAUCCUUUCGACUGUCGCACUUGCCGCCGCUGUCUUCUUGGCCCACCGACCACCACUUCGCCCUUCUUCUCCUUCUUCCUACGACUCGGACCCACCAGCUACGCUGCACUCCUGCUCCACCGCCCUACUGUUCACCCGUCCGGUCAUGAUCCCACCAGCAGCACCAUCACCACCACACCAACCUCCCACGCACACCGCCUACUUACGCGACAUGGAUCCUAUCGUGACCCUCUGGUCCGCACUGUACAAUUCCUCGACGCCAGCAUCCCACCUCACGCAAUCGCAGUGGCUGGCAUGCCACGCUGCCAUCUUGUUCGAAGUUGAGGCCAUUCAUCACAACAUCGCCCGCUAUGCCUGA